AUGAUCGAAGACGAAAUCUACAAAACCUCCACACAAUUCCGGAUAUGGUCUUACACAAAAGAUUCUCUGAAAUCGUUACGAGCGAACACAAAUGCCGUUGCUUGUGAGCGCCUCCGAGCUGCCCAGAACCGAGCACGCGAGGCACCUAGAUCUGCGACCACUUCCUCAAGUGGGAAUCUGACACCCAACCCAAGUGAUAAUGAUUCGAAAGUGGAAGCAGCACUCGGGAAAGAUGUGGACUGUUUGAAUGCAGAGGAAGAGCUCAUGUUUGUGAGGUAUUAUUGCGAGCAGGCUCUUGAAUUAGGGGAUAACUAUAAGCCACCCCUGCCGACGAUGGUCAGAGCAACUGCUAUACAGUACCUUCGUCGAUUCUACCUUUCAAAUUCCGUCAUGACCUACCACCCCAAGACCAUCAUGCCCUGUGCACUUUUCCUCGCCACAAAAACUGACAAUUACUAUCUCUCAUUAAAUGAAUUCGCAAAAGCUGUGCCUAAAAUCGACAAACCCGCAGACGUCAUUGCGCCGGAGUACACAUUAACACAAGGUCUCAGAUACACAUUCGAUGUACGUCAUCCGUUUCGGGGUCUGGAGGGUGGAAUCAUGGAAAUCCAAGCAAUUGCCCAAGGCGAGGGACAGCCCGGGCCCCUUACUACGGGACAGACUCCCGAAAGCAUGAAGCAGGCAAUCAACAACAUUGCACCGAUUCAGGGAUCUGACAAAGGAUCAAUAUCUUCCAGAAUAUCAACUGCCCAUGGCAAAGCUCGAGAGUUAUUAAAAACAGCAGCCCAAAUGACCGAUGCUUAUUUCUUUUAUACGCCAUCACAGAUAUGGCUCGCUGCCCUUCUGGUUGCUGACAAACCCCUUGCACAGUUCUAUCUGGACACUAAACUAGGUCCAGGCGUGAACACCGUAUCGGCAGAUUCCAACAAUCCGUUGGAAAUGAUUCGUACAAAAUUAAUGACGACACUAUCUGAUUGUGCCAGUCUACUGGAGUCUUACACCCCUGUUGCUUCCAACCCCGAAACAAUCAAGGACCUGAAAGCCAUAGCCAAAAAGGUAUAUCAGUGUCAGAUGAUUGAAAAGCUAGAUCCUGCAGCUCCCGGUAGCGGACAGAAACGGUCAACGGGCAGCCUGCCUGGAGCUGAAGGUGCGUCCGAAAGUGAAUUGGAAAGAGCAGCUAAGAAACGACGGCUGGAACGUGAAAGGCGCGAACAAGAGAGUAAGGAUAUCUUUGGCGGGGAAUUAGUGGCGCAACGGAACAAGGCUGGUUGA